UUUCCAAAUGUCAACAUAAAAUUAUAAAUAGUUAUUAUCAAAUUUAUUAGUCGCUACUUAUAUAUUUUUUGACUAGUAUUUUAUAAUUUUUUUGUGUGCGUUAUCCUAAUUGAAGAUAUUUUAGUGCAACCAAAGAGACUGCGUUAAUAAUAUGGCAAGCACUGCUGCCUCCGCAAUGAACAAGUUUAGGAUUUCAAGAAGGGGAAGAAAACUACAGACAUCGGAUGACCAAAGAACCCUGGUCGCUCUACCAAAGGAUGUUCCUGAAAGGACAUGGGCAGAAAUACUUCAAAAGGAAGAAAAUGAUUCAGUAAUCUUUGACAUACGCGAGGAAAUUGUUGAAGAGGCUCUGAGGAUUGUAUAUGAGCGCUAUAUGGAGAGACAGAAUGUUCUGUUCACCGCGCACUGUGCUGCUCAAGCUUGGCUCAAGUUAAUUGAUUGGAAUUUCUACCGACACGAUCCUGGGGAAGAUCCCAGUGCUCACCCCCCUUGUUUCAUCCCCAAACGAGUGGAGUCGUGGAUACCGGAUGAGCUGCCAGAACCGUCUCCUAAAGACACGUGGAGCCGCCACGAGCUGAACGUAGUGGAGGAAACAGCAGACGAGGGUCUGCAGAAAUGGCCAAGUAACGAUUCACUAGAUGUACCAGUUGUAGAAGAGAUUCCGUCAGAAUACUGGUUCCCGGGCAAAAUUAAUAUGGCGGAAGAAUUUAGAAGAAGCGGGGAGAAGAUAGAUUCCUGUGUUGAAGAAAAGCCGCUGGUUGUGAUGGCGGGGGUAAGCGGGGUGUGGAAUUACGUGCAGACCUUGAGUGAGAGUACUUCCUCACUCUCCCAUGGGAACCUAGCUGCUGAAAGCGAAGUGCUGCAGAAGGUCACCGAUUACAGUACAGAGGAACUGUCGCAAAAGGAGUCGACCUUCAGCGCUCUGAAGACCACGACGCCAGUAGACGGGUCGUUGCACGGCGCUGGUGACUCUGCAGUAGACCGGCUGAAACCUAAGAGGAGGCACUCGGAGAAGAGCAAAUUAUUCAGCCGAGCCAGCAUGCUCGGAAGAUCCAAAAAUGCUCUACCUCCUUUGGACAUCGGGGAUUCCAGGUCCCGCAUCAGCAUUAUCUCGGAUUGUCGUUUGAGAAACCUAAGAUUGGAAACACAGUACGAGAUUUCGUCUGAGAAAGUCGAUACACCGCCCGGCGAGAUCGUGAAGCGGAAAUAAGUCGUAAAAAUAAAUAAUAAUGUAUUUUUAAAGGAAUGAAUACUUAUAUGGAUAUAUUAACAAAUUAA